GCAUUAUAUACGUCUUCGACAGCAGAUUGAGCCCCACCCCCAUAUUGAUUCACAAAGUUUUGACUCACUCCUUGAGAUUGGCUUUUGUCUUGGUGACUGGUCUAUUGUGUUCUACAGGACAGACUAGAAGAAUAUGCACAAGUUUCAAUGGGUGCAGCUACUGGUGCUCCUAUGGUUCCAGCUAGCUGCUGCAUCAUUUCUGCAAACCCCAAGAAUCAAUUUCGUUGGUCAAUUUCGAGUCGACGUCGCUACCAACAAUAACGUUCGACUCAACUACCUCUUUUCAAGCGCCACCAACCAGGGCUUGAAUGAGCUAUGGAAUCCGAAUGGUACAAAUACUUGGGCAAUGAUCAAUUGUGUUGUUACUUCUGUAGCAUUGACCGAACUUGAUGGGAGGACCAAACUUUUGACCACUUCUAAAGAUGAUGACAUCAUUGGUUUGCCGAUCGUCAAUAAUCCUGAAUCAGCGUUUCCUAAGCUGGUGGACGUGGACCCGGAUCAACAGCAAUCUUCAACGAUAUACGGCAUGAAUUUAGGUGUUAAUUGGGAUCCAAAUAACGCUGAGACUACAAACGCAUUUAUUGGAGAUUUCGUCCCAUCUGUAAUCACACGUGAUAUAUGGCCUCGUCAAGUUAAAUCUGAGGAACCACUUCAACAAAUUGUCGCCUCCGACACCGUAUCACAUAUCAAAAAUGUAAAAUGGUCCAAUAGUAUAACGUCGAAUGUGCUGAAUCGUUUUAAAGGUGCAGACAAACUAUCAGUAAUGUUCACAGUCUACAACUUUACCAGGCCACCAACGGCAGACUUGUUUUCAUACGGUAAUGUUGUCGGCAGUAUUGGUAUAGCCGAGACCGGAGAAUCGUUGUCUUUUCCUGAAAACAGAAUGAUGGUGUUUCGUUCUAAAAAUCCCCCGAUGGAGAUCCCCAAAGAAAAUCCUUGCGCUGAUGUUGGUGAUUGGAUGAGUACGACUUAUUUCGAUGUAGUUGGAAAAAAGAUGACGGUAAAUUUCGCUAAUUCGCUCCCAAUAAAUGUUCAAGGAACUAUUUGUCACUUGUUUCGGUUCUAUGUUGGUGUUAUUACAGAGAGCACUAGCACAUUAGCAACUAACUCUGAUGUCGAGAUUAUUGGGGAAAUUCCUUACAUGGAAGAAAACUGGUAUUUAUUGACCGCAGGAAUUCAAGAUUUUUAUCUGACUGACAGUCAGCAACAACUGUUAAGCACACAGCAUAGAGUUGUCAUAGUGACCUCCCCAGAUGUAAUUGUUGAAGGCUCAAAAUAUCCAAUUUGCAGCAGUGAGCAUAGUGAUGCCGCGGUUCGAGAUGAUUGCGUAUAUACUAUACUGGAAGAGACCCCCUGUCUUGUUCGCCCCAUGGACUACUACGUUUAUCGAAUGGAGGAAGGCAAUACAAUAACCGUGCCGAUGAAAGUCAAGCAUUACGGUGUCUCACCGACCAAUCCGACCUCAGUUACUCUGUUUGAUAAAAGUCCAAAUGGACCUGCUGCAAGUGGUAAUCAGAUGGUAUAUGAGAGCACAGUUAAGACCAAUCCAGAGGAUGGAAUAGCAUAUUUUAAGUUCGAGGCUGGAGAUGUGGGUAACCCAAGAGGUGAUAUUCACCUUGAUGGACAACUGUUCACGUUUGGUUACUGCUCUGAAGAAUGCAUCAGCGAAUGUGAUCGAUGUGUUCCUACGAACAUCGGAAAUCAGCUCGUCUUCUUGAUUUGGAGCCCAGUAAAAUACAGCACUCCGUAUUUCUGGGACACUGAUAUACAACCAAUUUUCACGCAAUAUCAGAAUCUCUAUCCGAUAAUGAGUGAUAUUCUGAAACUGGGCGACUAUGACGAUGUUACUAAACCAUGGAACAUUCACAUGCUCAUAUACUCAAUGUCAUUGGACAUAUACCACCCCAGCUACAUGCCUGCAACUAGAGAUCUCUCCCCAACUAAAUUAAAGAUGAUUCUAGACUGGUUGAACACUACCGAGCACUAUAGAAACUGGCAGGACGUCGACAACAGGCUAUACGAAUCGCCUAAAUUCUGUGAGCAGGUCGUUUUUGCAUAUGACGAUAAGGAGAAAAGCAAGGCAGAGUAUGUUUCUGAGUCAUUGCUUGUCAAUUCUGAUGAGGAUGAUGAUGAUGCUGCUGAUAUACUCACACUCGCAUCUUCCGAGAUUGCGAGACUUUUUUCCGAUAUUUCACGAAGAAGUGUUUCUGAAUCACUGAAUGAUUUUUCCUCCUCACUUCCCCGAUGGAGUACAGUAGACUGCUCAGUUGAUAUUCUUAAAGAGAAUCUACAAACAGCCAUUGCACUUGAGUUCUCAACUAUUCCCCCGUACAUGACUGCUCUUUACUCGAUCAAAGAUGGUUACAAUCGUGAGGUUUAUGACACCAUUCGCUCUGUUGUCAUGCAGGAAAUGUUGCAUUUGGCACAAGCUGCCAAUUUACUCAUUGCAAUCGGAGGACAACCAUUAAUUGACGAUCCAAGUGUGAUUCCUCAAUCUUUUCCCUCUAAUCUCCCCGGUGGAGUUUUACCCGGUCUAACUGUAACACUGCAAAAAGCCUCUCCUAAACAUGUUGCGGACGUAUUCAUGAUGAUAGAGUUUCCAGACGAUGUUAUUUACAAGGGACCUUUCCACGACGAAACUAUAGACUUGAAUGUACUUACGAUUGGAGCCUUUUACAGCACCAUCCAAAAAUGUAUGGUGCAAUUGGAUCGUGAAGGUAAAAUUAACUUUGGAAAUUUGAAUAAGCAAUUACAUUGGCCAUGGAAAAUACACGACGUUGGUAGUAAGUUGUGGAAGGUGUCCAACAUAAAAGAAGCAAAGAAAGCAAUACAGAUGAUAAUUGAACAAGGAGAAGGAAGUACACAAGAGGAUCCGACCUACCAAGGCACUCAGCAGCUUGCUCAUUUUUUCAAAUUUGAACAACUCGCUUGCAAACAUCACAUUCAAUCGACUCCUGAACAUUCGUAUAAAUUCAAAGGGGCCGAGAUUGAGUUUGUUUCGGAGGGUGUCUGGCCAAUGAGAAAUAAUCCAUCACUGAAUGGACUGCCUGUGGGAUCACACGUGUACAGGGAGGCUAAGAUAUUCCAUCGUAUCUAUCGUUCCAUGCUGAGAUCGCUGCAGACUACUUUCAAUGGCAGCCCUGAUAGCAUCACAGAGGCAGUGACUAUUAUGGAAGCAAUGCAACUACAAGCAAAGAAGCUGAUGCAGAUCCAAGUGCCAGUUCCCGAUGGUCACCCCAACCAAACGUGUGGACCUGUCUUCAACUAUAAUUGGCCUACUGCUGAGCCACUAAAUAACUAAUGUGAGAAUUAAACGAAAACUAAAGAGCUGAAUUAAAAUUAUGAUUUCUAGUGUCUAGUCAAUACCAACCCCCCCCCCCUUUGUGACAAUUAUUUUAUGAACAAAAAUUG